UUGCCGGAAGGAUUAGACUUGAACGAAGAAAUCUCAGAUUUGUUGAGAGAAGGUACUAAGAGAGCUCAUAUGAAGGCUGGGGAUCAUAAAGGUGCUAUGGCAUUGGUGAGGGGUGAAUUGGAUAUUGCAGAGUAUGUCAGAUGGUUGGCUAUCUUAUGGAGAGUAUAUGAUGCUCUCGAACUUGGUCUAGCGGAAUAUGCCUCAAACCCUGUUCUGGCACCUACGUUCGACCCCCUUCUCUUAUCUCGUUCUUCGGCAUUGGCAAAGGAUAUCACCCAUCUCCUCACUCUCGUCCCUCGAAAACUUCACACACCCGCCCCAAGCGGCUAUACUUCUACAGACAGAACUACCUCAGCUACUCCUCUUCCACCUUUUCCCCUCCCUGCGUUCUUAGAUCCAAUUUUCUCCGCUCCUCCUCAACCGCUGAAAGCGUACAUAGACCGUCUACGAGAAUUGGCAGCAUCUUCAGAAACCGCCCCAAGUCUACUGGCGCAUGCUUACGUGAGAUAUCUAGGUGAUUUAUCCGGAGGACAGGUUAUCAGGGCAAGGGUGAAGAAGGCGUAUAAGCUGGAAGAGGAUGACGGUGUGAGAUUCUUCUUGUUUCCACGAGAAGGUGAGGACGGUGGGACGGAAGGCGAGAAGAAAAGGUUAGGAGAGAUCAAGGAUUGGUAUAGGAGAGGGAUGAAUGAGGGUGUGGGUGAUGACAAAGCUCUGAAAGAACUUCUGGUCAAAGAAGCCAACCUAGCUUUCGCACUCAACACCCAUAUCUUCUCUCUCAUC